AUGGAUCAGAGUGAGGACACAGAGGAGGGAGCUCUUCCCUCUAAAAUCUCUCUGUGUGAGGAACAUGAAGCUCUGAGGAUGAAGAAGCAGAAACCAGAGUCUCCUGGACCCAGCUGUGUGUCCAUGAAGAGUAACUUGUCUAAAGAUUUUGAGGUUACCUUUGAAGGUGGACUUCCUGAUGAUAAUAGGAUGAAGAAGCAGACACCAGAGUCUCCUGGACCCAGCUGUAUGUCCAUGAAGAGUAACUUGUCUAAAGAUUUCGAGGUUACCUUUGAAGGUGGACAUCCUGCUGAUAAAAGAGUUCAGCAGAGCUCAGACGAUCUCAGUGACCAGUCAGACCAGCAGCAUGAAACAGACCUGGACUCUGCAUUUAUGCUGCUGGGGGAGGACAUUUUCACCUUUGUGAAGAAAGAGCUGAAGAGAGUCAAGAGGGUUCUGAGAUCAGAUUACCCCGCAUGUUUUGAGAAUCAGAGUGAGGAUGAGGAGGUUUUAGAUGGUGAGCAUGAAGACCUAUGGAGUAGCAGAGAUGCAUUUCUGAAGAUCGCUCUGCGUUUCCUGAGAAGAAGGAAGCAGGAGGAGCUGGUUGACUGUCUACAGAGCAGAACUUAUGAUGCAGGGUGCCGACAUAAACUCAAGUCUAACCUGAAGAAGAAGUUUGUGUGUGUGUUUGAGGGGAUUGCUGAAGCAGGACACCCAGCCCCCCUUAAUCAGAUCUACACUGAGCUCUACAUCACAGAGGGAGGGACUGGAGAGGUCAAUGAUGAACAUGAGGUCAGACAGAUUGAAAAAGCAUCCAGGAAACCACACAGACCAGAAACAACCAUCAGACGAGAAGACAUCUUUAAAGGCUCACCUGGAAGAGAUAAACCAAUCAGAGCAGUGCUGACAAAGGGAGUGGCUGGCAUCGGGAAAACCGUCUUAACACAGAAGUUCACUCUGGACUGGGCUGAAGACAAAACCAACCAGGGCAUCCAGUUCACAUUUCCCUUCACUUUCAGAGAGCUGAAUGUGCUGAGAGAGAGAAAGUUCAGCUUGGUGGAACUUGUUCAUCACUUCUUUACUGAAACCAGAGAAGCAGGACUCUCCAGGUUUGAAGAGUUCCAGGUUUUGUUCAUCUUUGACGGUCUGGAUGAGUGUCGACUUCCUCUGGACUUCAAUAGAAGUGAGAUCCUGACUGAUGUCACAAAGUCAGCUUCAGUGGAUGUGCUGCUGACAAACCUCAUCAGGGGGAAACUGCUCCCCUCUGCUCGACUCUGGAUAACCACAAGACCUGGAGCAGCCAAUCAGAUCCCUCCAUGGUGUGUUGACAUGGUGACAGAGGUCAGAGGGUUCAGAGACCCACAGAAGGAGGAGUAUUUCAGGAAGAGAUUCAGAAACCAGGAGCAGGCCAGCAGAAUUAUCUCCCACAUCAAGACAUCCCGAAGCCUCCACAUCAUGUGCCACAUCCCAGUCUUCUGCUGGAUCACUGCUACAGUUCUGGAGGAUGAGUUAAAGACCAGUAAGAAGAGAGAGAUGCCUAAGACCCUGACUGAGAUGUACAUCCACUUCCUGGUGGUUCAGUCCAAGCGCAAAAGCAUCAAGUACGAUGGAGGAGCUGAGACUGAUCUUUGGAAUCCAGCGAGCAGGGAGAUGAUCGAGUCUCUGGGAAAACUGGCUUUUGAGCAGCUGCAGAAAGGAAACCUGAUCUUCUAUGAGUCCGACCUGACAGAGUGUGGCAUCGAGAUCAGAGCAGCCUCAGUGUACUCAGGAGUGUUCACACAGAUCUUCAGAGAGGAGAGAGGACUGUACCAGGACAAGGUGUUCUGCUUCAUCCAUCUGAGCGUUCAGGAGUUUCUGGCUGCUCUUCAUGUCCAUCUGACCUUCACCAACUCUGGACUCAACCUGAUGGAAGAAGAAAAGGAAACAACCUCCAUGAUGUCUGGAACAAGAGAAAACAAAGCUGCAGAGAGACGUCUCUAUCAGAGUGCUGUGGACCAGGCCUUACAGAGUCCAAAUGGACACCUGGACUUGUUCCUCCGCUUCCUCCUCGGCCUUUCACUAGAGACCAAUCAGAAUCACAUACAAGGUCUGCUGACACAGACAGGAAGUAGCUCACAGACUAAAACAGAAACAGUCAAGUACAUCAAGAAGAAGAUCAGUGAGAAUCUGUCUGCAGAGAAAUGCAUCAACCUGUUCCACUGUCUGAAUGAACUGAAUGAUCGCUCUCUAGUGGAGGAGAUCCAACAGUACAUGAGAUCAGGACAUCUCUCCACAGAUCAACUGUCUCCUGCUCAGUGGUCAGCUCUGGUCUUCAUCUUACUGUCAUCAGAGAAAGAUCUGGACGUGUUUGACCUGAAGAAAUACUCUGCUUCAGAAAAGGCUCUUCUGAGGCUGCUGCCAGUGAUCAAAGCCUCAAACAAAGCUCUGCUGAGCUGCUGUAACCUCUCUGACAGAAGCUGUGAAGCUUUGUCCUCAGUCCUCAGCUCCCAGUCCUCCACACUGAGAGAGCUGGACCUGAGCAACAACGACCUGCAGGAUUCAGGAGUGAAACUGCUGUGUGCAGGACUAAAUACUCUGCACCAAGGACUGGACGCUCUCAGUCUGUCAGGCUGUCAGAUCACAGAAGAAGGCUGUGCUUCUCUGGCCUCAGCUCUCAGCUCCUCCUGUCUGAGAGAGCUGGACCUGAGCUACAAUCAUCCAGGAGAACCAGGAGAGGCACUGCUGACUGCUCGUCUGGAGGAUCCACACUGCACACUGCAGACACUGAGGUUGGACAACCAUGGACCGCACAGACUGAAAUUUGGUCUAAAGAAAUACGCCUGUGAGCUGGAACUGGACACAAACGCAGUUCACAGAAACCUCAAACUGUCUGACAGCAACAUGAUAAUGACAUGGGUGGAGGAGCCUCAGUCAUAUCCUGAUCAUCCAGACAGAUUUGAUGGCUGUGUUCAGGUGCUGUGUAGGACUGGUCUGACUGGUCGCUGUUACUGGGAGGUUGAGUGCAGUGGAGAGGUUACUGUGUCAGUGACUUACAGAGGAAUCAGACGGAAAGGAAACAACACUGACAGUGUCUUUGGAGAAAAUGAUCACUCCUGGAAACUGUUCUCCUCUGAUAGUGAGGGCUACUCUGUCUAUCACAACAACAAGAAAACAAACAUCUCCUCUUCCUCUGUCUCUCACAGAGUAGCAGUGUAUGUGGACCAUCCUGCUGGCACUCUGUCCUUCUACAGAGUCUCCUCUGACACACUGAUCCACCUACACACCUUCAACACCACAUUCACUGAACCUCUGUAUCCUGGGUUUGGGUUCAGGCCAAACUCAUGGUUGUCUCUGUGUUCUCUGUAGGUCAGAGAAACACUGCUGACUGAAGAUGAGCUGACUGUGUUCACUCUGUGAAGCAGAUCAGUCUCAAACUAUUGAAUCGGUCUCAUUUCAUCUAUUUGACUCUAAACUGAGAAUGCUCAGUGAUUUGUAACUAUUUGUUCAUUUGUGUUUCAUUUAUAUUUAUGAAAUAAUAUCACAUAAUUGUAUUAAAAUCUCAACUCUAUGUCGAGGGGAAAUAUUUUUAUUACUUAUGUCUUCAGUUGAUUUUUAACACCUUCAUUAGAUUCAGGUGUUCAACAGCUGGUCUAUCUAGGGCUUCACACCUGUCCACCACCUUUCAACCGGGGCCAGUUGGUCUUCAUCACACCACUGUCUUACUGUACAGACUGUAUCUGUUUCUUCUUUAUAUCACUCUAAACUUUGCUCAUUACUCAGCAGCUUAGAGCUUGAUUGUAGCUCUGGUUAGAUGAUAAACUGUGUUUUAUUAUUCAGUGCAAGAACUUGUAUAAUGUCAAACUUGUAUCAUAAUCUAAUCAUAUUUUUUU